AUGCCAAUUCCAACGCGUUCCCUUUCGCUUCGUGAGCCCCGCAAACAAGUCAGUGGACGUGCGACAAGAUCCUCUCGUCUACAACCACCGUCUGAGCCCCGCGUAGCCCAGCGGCCUAGCAAGCCUUCAGAUAAGGUCCCGCAAUCGCAGCAGCCCGCUCAGGAGAAUACCGGCAUAACCCGUCGCCAAAGCCUGAUCAGACCGAGCCCGCUAAAGCCUUCGGCACCUCUGAAGCCUACCUCUACCUCGUCCAGAAGGCCUACCGUUGCUCCAAGUUUGUCAUCGCCGAUUAAACAAGAAAUACCCUCCAGACAGAAUGGACGACCUUUAUCGCCGAAGAAAUUCGAGACACCCGCGAGACAAAAUGGACGGCCUUUGUCCCCGAAGAAAACCGAUAUGCCUCCGCCUCCGCGACUUGCCCGGUCGGCUUCUCUUAGACAGCCUGCUGCCUCGAGCUCGAGCACGCCAUCCGUGACUAGAGGCCAUGCGCGGCAUCGCAGCCAGGGAAUUGGGCUACCUUCCGGGCCUCAAUCUCCGAGGAAAGUUGACCCUCCUUCGCCAUUCCCUACCUCCGCCACUGUACGGUCACGGGCCCAGCUCUCGACCUACCAACAACCGCUCUCCUCAAAGAAGGUGGCUAAGCCAACGACUGCAACAAAAGCAGCAGAUUCGCCCGCAGUGGAUACAGAUUCUUCGUUGCUUCCUUCGUCUUGGCCGGAGAUUGCGGCGCUACAAACAGAACUUUUGCAAUUGAGCUUGGUUCACUUGUCUUCGUGCAAACAACACAUUGAAUGGGAGACUACCGCUGAAGCACGACUACGGAGCGAUUAUAAUUUAGUGGCAAGCGACUAUCGAGCGGCUCUGGGCGAUGAGAAGGAGUACCAGAGACAGCUCAACGGGCAUGCGUUGCAUCACUGGCUUGAGAACACGCGUGAGCGCAAUGAGCAACGAGGGUUUGCAGAGCAGAUACGGAUACUUUCUCAAGUAGCAGAGGAAGUCUAUAAUCUCUCUGACAACUUGGAAGGACGGCACACAGUGGCUGUCCAGGAUUUCGAAGCCUGGUUUCAAAGAGUUGAGGAGAUACGGACAUUUCGUCUUCAUCAUGGUCGCAACUUGGACCAGGUAGUCUUUGUCGAUCCCUUGAACCAUGGUUGGCGGGACGAGACAUCUGCUUUGGUCAUGAAGCUUGAACUGUGCCUGAGACAACUGCAGAGCCUGGACAUCCUUGGAUAUGGCGAUCCGGGUCCUUUAGGCGACUCCGCGCUGUUUCGGACAGCCAAGGGGCUAGAAGAAAUGGCCAGCAUGAUGGUUGAGGAACUGAACACGAUCCGUAAGAUUGAAAGCGACGUCGUAAAGUCAGAACGCGAUUGGGUUAGUCAGCUGGCCCGGCAAUUGACUGCAAAUCCGGCACAUGAUCGGAAGGUUCCAGCAGUUGGAAUGUGGAGACGGCCGUCGUUGAACUCGUGA